UUCUGUUCGCGAGGUGUUUUUUUUGGAUCUGAGUACUAGGCUUUAAACCUGGCCUAAAAAUGUCGCUCAAACAAACAUCGUCGCUUACCCUGACUGUGGAACAAAAUGCAUGUGGUAUAUCACGCACCAGCAGCCAAACAAUAGUGCAGUUUUUCGGCAGCGAGCAAAUUGCCGGCGGCAGUCAGGACAGCAGUGGCUUUUCAACAAACGGAUCCCAUUUGAUAAGCUCCAGUACCGUUUCUCAAGAGGCUUACACGUGGACUCCUAGUGCUGUCGUAGGACAGCAGUAUCAGGAUACGGCAAACACCUACGGCCGAUAUGUUAACAGUGGCGGACAAAAUAUUAACAAUAAUGUAGUUUAUUAUAACAAUACUGGACAAAUGGCUAACAAUAAUGCAGAUGUUUACGGAUCAAGAAACAUAAACUCCGUCGGCAAGUCGCACGUGCCGCCUCAGAUAAUUCUAGCUCCUAUUGUCGUAGCAGGCAGCGAUUUGCAGGGCGAAUAUUUUAACAAUGGCGGACAAAAUAUGAAUAACGGAGUAUAUUAUAACCAAUGUGGACAAAACGCUACCAAUAAUGGUGAUGUGUACGGAUCGGGAAACAUAAACUCCGGCGGCAUGCCUCACGUGCCCCCGGCCAUCAUUCAGGUCGAAUAUUUCCAAAAUGGCGGCAAUUUAGUCACAAAUGUCAAUAAAAAUAAUAAUGUGAGCGGAUCAGGAGCAACUAACAACAGUGGCAUAUCGGUCAUUGGCAACUCCUUGGAAUACGCCAAAAAGGUUGGAAAAAAUGUAAACAAUUGUGGCCGAAAAGCUGUUUAUAGGCGCGAGGAUGUGAAGAUUGAUUUUAAUGCUGCCACCACCGCUGAGAACUCCGUGGGAUCAGCUGAAUCGACUGUGGAUGAGGCCACCGACUUAACCACCGAACCGAUGGCCUUCCUUCAGGGACUAAACUCGGGAAAUCUGAUGCAGUUUAGCCAGCAAUCGGUGCUGCGCGAGAUGAUGCUGCAGGAUUUCGAGAACCAAAGCAACAGUUUGCCCAAACUGGAAAGCCACAAUAUUGGUGGCUAUAAUUUCAGCAUGGUACUAAAGGAACCGCCCAAGUCGCACUGGGUGUAUUCGCAUGUCACGAACAAGCUCUAUAUACGCAUGGAUAAGACAUUCAAUAUAGAUGUGCAGUUCAAGCCCAUAAUGCCCAUACAGCCGCUCAAUCUGCGAGUCUUUCUGUGCUUUAAUAAAGACGUCAGCGGUGCGGUGCUGCGCUGUCAGAAUCACUUGAGCACAGAGCCAGUUACGAAUCAGAAUUUUAAGAUGCGCGAGAGUUUGGUGCGUUGCGAGAAUCCCAGUACCACGUACUGUGGCUCGGCACAGGGCAAGGGCAUUUCGGAAAGGUAUUCGGUGCUGGUGCCAUUGAAUAUGUCGCGUUCUAGCAGUCGCAACGGCGGCUACGUACGCCAGACGCUCGCCUUUAAGUUUGUCUGCCAGAACUCGUGCCUGGGCCGGAAGGAAACCAGCUUGCUCUUUUGUCUAGAGAACUCGAGUGGUGAUAUUUUGGCACAGCACGUUAUGGCAGUGAAAAUCUGCACGUGUCCGAAAAGGGAUUGCACUCAGGACGAGCGCCAUGUAAAUGGCAGGAAACGCAAAUCAGACCUUGAUGAGGAUGCCGAUGUAAAGCCGCUGAAAGAACGUCGUCGCACCGUGUCGUACAAGCGCGAUGUGAAGGAUGAAACGGAGAGCAAUGACAGCCAUAAUACGGAGCAAGCACUGCCCAUCGACUGGCAGGUGUCGCGCACCCAUGACGGUGAAUACUGCCUAGCCCAUAACGUGCCCCAAAAGGAAUGGCUAUUGCAGAAUAUCGAGGGCAUGUUCAAGGAAUCGGCUGCUGAAGUGCUGCGCAGUCCGACCGAGCCACAGCGGCGUAGCUAUGCCAACAAUUUGUUGAACCUGAAAAAACGUGCCUUUGAUCUGCCAUGACCUGAUGCCUGGCUAUUGAAAGUCUGACAACGUUCCAAAAUGAAUAAGCUAAUAUUUAAUUAUUUUAUUAUUAUUAAGAACGAAGUGCUUAAAUCUGCUUAAAGUUCAAAGGAAACUCUGCCCAACUGCGAAUGCAAGUUGUUGAGGAGUAAAAGUGAUACAGAGGAAAAUACAGUUUCAUUAUUUUUGAUAAGAUAAUAUAGUACAGAUAUGUAUAUAGAUUUAUUUUAACGCGCAGUAUUGAUUUAUACGUAACGUGUACAAACUAAACUGUUGGGCAAGGGCCAAGCCAUGAAGGUGAAUUAAAAAUGUUUUAAGUUUA